UGACCGGCCGGGAAGUGGUAAUUCAAGAAAUGCAUUCCGGAGAAAGAGAGACUCGUGACGGCUACAUCUCUCCUCCUCCAGUGACACCGGAACAUUCCCCGCUGCGAUGUUCAGUCCCAAAAGCCCCAAAGAGCAUCGUAGCAACCUGACAAAACAGAGCUGUCACAUUCAUGUCUGCACUGAGAACAGUCUCUCUCUCUCUCUCCUCUCUAUCUUUCAGUCUUUCAAUCCAUCUCGCAUCCAUCCAUCUCCCUCAUUCUUCCAUUCAUCCCUUUCUGUCCACACUUUCUUCAGAAUGCUGAACUGAUUGUGAAGCACCUUGAAGCAAUAAGAUGGACUUGACUUCCUCCUCCCUUUCAUCCCUCCAUCCUCUCGCGGCCUGGACAGCUCUGUGCUCUGCACACGCUCUGCACCAUCUGGCUUCAGCCUCAUGUGCUUUUGUGUUUGGACAGCACGAGACAAUUAGAUCUGUGUUAAAUGCAGCCUCACACUGGGCUUCACACUGAUUUCUGUUAACACAGGCCGGAGUUCAACCGCCUGCUCAAAUGUCACAUUGUUUGCACCGUCCGUUCAAAUCUGCAUGGAUCUCGUGAGCAGGUGAGAGCAAGCUCAUCGCAUUUGAGCAGGCAGUGUGCAUCCAGCCCGUGUUUACCGACACGCCAAUCAGCACAGAACAGAGUGAGAAAUGUGGAUUUUUGUAUUCGCUGUCUGUUUCUUCAAAUCUUAAGUCUUCGUUUUGUUCCAUUGUUUUAAUUGAUUCUCUGUGUGUUGCUGUCUCAACAGGACAAACAAUGUUUAUUUUUGUUUUAGCAACAUGAAGGGUUCUAUCCAGCAGUUGAAAUGAAGAAGGCAGCUGGUUCAAAGGGAGCUCUGGAGGAUCUGGCUGCUGCUGGAUGGUUGGAGGAUGUUGCAGGAUAGAAGUCACAAUCACUGCAAUUAGUAGAGGAAGCACAGGAGACUAGUGCCCCCAAGUGUUGGUCUGAUAUAUGAUUACUGCCCGUGUGCUGCUGGAAUGUUAUAGCGUUUCUCAGGAUUUGUUUUUGGUGAUGAACAUUUGUCCAAUGAAUGCUGAAGACAUUUAGAUGAUGGCCCUGGCAUACAAUGAAGCUUUUUACUGCAGAUUCCAUCAUUUGUGAGUCAUUUGUAUGUGUCCUCUACAGUUGAAUUGCCUUUUCAAAACUGAGAUUGCAGGUUUGUACAUGGAGCAGGACGUUUUUGAGACUCUUUGGAUGCCAUCUAGGGGUUAAGAAGCCAAUUUUGUUAUCAGAUCCACCGCUUAAGGACCAAUACCAUGAAGUAAUACUCCUUUACAAAUAAAAUCCAGGACCCAAAACCAGGCGUAAGUAAAGAUACAUAAAUACUUAAAAUGUGUAAGUACCUCCUCUGCAAGUGACUGGUAUAUGCCGUUAUUAUAUUGGUGUUUGUGAUGCCAAGUCUAUUAAAAGCUGGAGGUGAAAGAAGUUUUAACUUAUUUGUCAACAGUACAGGAAGUAAAGUCUUGGAUCACUUCAAAGUGUCACAAGAUAAAUCUCAGGGGUCGUGAGAUGAUUGAUGGGGGAUUUUGGACCAUUUGAGCUCUUUCUUCCUGAAACAGCACUUGAAAGUAAAAUGUCAGAUUUUGGAGGGAAAGUGGCCCUUUGGUGGAAAGAUUAGAUACUUAGUAACUUUCCAGUAGUAAGUGAGUGUGUAUCGUGGGCAUAAUGACUGACAUGAUGAAUGAAUUUCAUGUUAAAACACUCAAUGUUUAGUGUAAUCGAAUUGGAUGAAUGCUAAUAAGUGGAAAUUACUAUUUCGUUGAGCAGCCUUUUUUCAUAGAUAGAUGAAAAGGUGUCAUCCUGGACUAGUUUCUCAUUCACGGAGGUCUUCAUUGUAUCCCUUUUAAGUGGUGAGUCUCCACAGAGAAGCACUAAGACAGUAUUGACCUACAUUACUUCAUGUAUUCUUGGCUUACAGUAUGUAUUUUGCUAUUCUCCCUCGCUGUGAAACAAUAUCCACAAUCCUUCCGUCGAGGUUGGAUUGAUGGCGUUCAUCAUACAACGGUCUCUCCAUCGCUAGACGGGCAGGUUGUUAUCGACGUGUGACCAAAAGAGCCAGGAAGGUUUUGUGAAGGGAUCACUCGGGCUGCUGCGGUUCUGCAUUUGCCUUUUGUCAAUACAAUUAAUGCUCCGCCAAUAACAGGAACUAGAUGUAUGAAAGAGACCUUUGUUAACGUGUGGAAGCAGGUGCAUGGCUGCGUUCUGAAAGCCUGUGCGGAUCGGCGUCGCUGAAGGAAAAAGGUAUAGAGAUGAUUUGCUCUGACAAAGCACCAGCCCUGUCGGCUUAAUGGCGUUUUAAGAACUUCAGCCGAGUAUCCCGUCGAGCCUAAUGAAGGAUACAUCUUUCCCUCCAAAGCCGGUUCCCGUCUCUGUGGGAACCGGCUGAUAGCAGGUAGACUUUGCCCCCGAAGGCGAACCAACACUACAGCAGAGAGACCCGGUCGUCACAGCGGAGUUGGUGGAAACCUUUGGUGGAAUGGACCGGACUAAUGCCAGUGGAAAUGGAAAUUAUCCACCUCUCCCCCCUCCGUACAACCCCCAGGACUACGGGCAGAGUUCCUACUCAGGGAUGAGCUAUCAGGUGGGGAAGGGGAACGUUGCAGUGGUCUCCCCUCCUGGCGCCUACGAUAACACGGCCCAUCCGGAGGACAUGGCAGCCGCUGCAGGCGACCGGGAGUUCGAUCAAGCGCCGCCUGACUACUGUCAGGGCCUGGAGGAUAGCAGCUUCAGUGACUCUGCCGUACGAAGAGGUUUCAUAAGGAAAGUCUACUUGACCUUGAUGCUUCAGCUGCUUGUGACUGUCGGAAUCAUCUGUGCGUUUCUUUACUGGGAGGCUCUCAGGAAAUGGACCCGGGCCAACUCGUGGUUCUCCUUCACCACCAUAGCGCUGGUGAUUGUGCUCAUUGUGGCCUUGUCCUGCUGUGACAACCUCCGUCGUCAAGUCCCCCUCAAUUUCAUCUCCCUGGGCCUGUUUACCUUUGCAGAGGGCCUGAUGCUCGGCGCUGCUACAGUACGCUUUGAUGCAGAAGCUGUUCUGUGGGCUGUGGGCGCAACAGCGCUCGUGUCCUUUGCCUUGACUCUGUUUGCUGUGCAGUCAAAGUGGGACUUCACCGGACUGAACGGGAGCCUGUGGGUGUUGAUGUGGACCCUCUUUUCCUUUGCGUUGCUGUGUGGAAUCCUCCGAUCGCAGUAUCUCUACAUCUUAUACGCCUGCCUGGGAACCUUGCUGUUUUCUUUGUACUUGGUGUUUGACACGCAGCUCAUCCUGGGCGGGAAACACAGGAAGUAUCAAGUGUCUCCUGAGGAGUACGUGUUUGCUGCGCUCAACCUCUAUUUGGACAUUGUCUCCCUGUUCCUCCUCCUGCUGCAGCUCAUCGGCCUCUGCCGCUGAGUCUGUGGAUGCAGUAAUGCACACAUGGAAAUGUGUAACUAUUCUGUAGUUUGAGUGGAGCUUAAAGAAACCAAAGUGACUCCAUUAAAGGACAGAAUCUGUCAGUGUUUACACUCCCAUGAAA